GAAACUCAAUAUGCUAGAUGGAUGGCAUGCUGCAGGUUGGCUGCUAAGGGAAGAUCAUUAGCUGAUAGUUCAUACGAAACAGAAAAGCAAACUAUUUUAGAAUUCUUGAAUCUUCAAAAACCAUCUGAGCAACCAGUCCUUAAUCCUAAUAAUUUGGACCUUCAAAUAGAGGACUAUAUCUCGUCUAAAUACCUGAAGAAAUCGAGAGGAAAGCUGACUCAAAGAAUAAUAGAAGCCCACGCCAAUGUAAAAGACUUAAGUCUUGUGGAGGCUAAAAUGAACUACAUCAAAGCUUGGCAACUUCUUCCCGAAUUUGGUGUUUCUCUAUUUGUCGUCAAAUUCAUGAAUUCCAAAAAAGAAGAGUUAUUGGGUGUAGGUUAUAACCGUUUAAUGAAAAUGGACAUUAACACUGGGGACCAUCAAAAAACGUGGAGAUUUAAUACCAUGAAAGCCUGGAAUGUCAAUUGGGAAAAUAAGCACAUGAUGGUACAGUUUGAAGAAGAAAAUAUUGUUUUUAGUUGCCUUUCAGCCGACUGUAAGGUUGUACAUGAGUUUAUUGGAGGUUACAUAUUUUUGUCGACUAGAUCAAAAGAUGCUAGUCAAACACUUAACGAGGAAUUAUUCCAUAAGUUGACUGGAGGAUGGUCAUAGAUAUUUAAUGAAUGUGACUUUUCAUGUGAAUUCGUCAGUUAAUUAUUUCAUCAAACAUAUUUUGCAAGUCUACAGUAGGGUAAAGUGAGGCACAGUGAAACAAAGCAGCAGGCACAGUGAAACAUCAGAAAUAUUCUAAUAAUGAAUAGAAAUAAGUUUUUAAAUUAAAAACCUUUAUUAUGGAACAUUAUUACGAAGAAAAAUAUAUGGGUAUAUCAACCUAUAUAUCAACGUACAUCGAGAUUUGCGAAUGACAUUUCAAAAGUUAGGAAACGAUGUGUUUUUUUGGUCCCUUGUUUGUGUUCUGGAGGAGGUAAUAUCAUUUUAACAUCAUCAAUGUUAACGUAUGCAAUGUCUUCAACUUGGGGAUAGCAAAAAGCUCGAGUUACUUUAACACUUUUUCUUAAAAAUAAAAUUUCUACUUCAUUUUCGUCAUUUUUUUCUUUAGUGACCUGGCCAACGUAAUAAAUUUUUUUCUUAUCUGUAAACUCAACCAACACCCACUCUAUCACCUUUGUACCUUGUACAAGUUUGUACAGAUCCUUGGGUGAGUGGGUUCUAUACGUUGUUGGAUCAACCUGGGGUUGUCCAAAAAGAGCCUGUCUUUUGCGAUCUAGAGCUUCGCAUUCGCAUAGUAUGUGUUUGGCCGUUUCUGGUUUCUUGUGACAUAGUCGGCACAUGAGUUCCCCAUUGUACAUGCCAAUUUUGUUCAAGUGUCCCUUUACUGGGGCAUGCCCAGUCAUGAACCCUGUUAUCAUUUUCAACUGGUUCAUAUUCAUUAAGAGUAGUUCUCCAGUUCUUUUGGGACAUGGUCUGCCUAUGAAGGCUUUUCCAUGUGCCUGUUUUGGGGUGCUUCCCCAAUAGUUGAUCGUCAGUGUUAAAUGACCCUCCACUUGAUGAAGUAGCAGACCAUUCAAGUGGAUCAUCUUCAUCACUAGACUCUUCGACAAAUAAUUUUUUAGUUGCUUCUUUUCUUUUAGGAAUGCUAAUUUUUGAAUUUUUUGCAGCUGUUUCACGUGCUGCCUCUUCAAUCAGAUUUUUUUCUGGAGUAUCCGUGGCGAUCAUGCUUCUUCCAGAUUUCCUUGUUCCCAGUCGUCUUUCGAGGGCCAGCUUUCGGAUACCCUUUGAACUCCGCAGGACUUCUAAAAGCUUUAUUAUCAGUUGUUUCCAUUUCACUAGUGCUUUGCAAAAUAUUUUCGGAAUUAUUCAGUGAUGGCUCUUUAUUUGAUUGUGAUGAAGGACCAGGCAGUGUUGAGGGAUUGAUCAACUCAUUGUUUAAAUGCUCAGAAUUCGGUCUGUCAGUUACAAAACUGGCCAUAUAGUCGGCUUCAGUAAAUAAAUCGCGAUUAUACGGAAAAAAUUCCGUUUUCCUAAAGCCGUUGAUAAUUGUUGUUGGAAUCAUGGUCUUUUGAUGUGCUUCAUUUACACAACCAGCGAUGUUAUAUAUUGAGAAAACCUUUCCUGGAUUUUGUUUUUGCCAAUAAUCUACGGCUGCAGCAUAAUAUGCUUUGAAUGGAGCAUAAUACGAAACAUCUAAUGGUUGUAGUUUUCCACUGCAGUGAGGUGGAAGUGUGACUAUUGUUAUGCCAUUUUCUUUAGCCAGAUUAAUGACUUGUGAUUAUCCAUUAUUAACAACGUUGGGUUUUCCUUUGUAGACAGUGUAUGUUUAAUAAAAUGCCUAAUGACCUGAAGGAAAAUAUCCACCCACUUUUAGUUGCCAAUCCUAAAGAUCCUGGUGGGCCGAUUAUUAACAUAUGAUCUUUGAAUUUUACACGAGGAAAAACGAGAGCAGGAGGUAUUGUAUUCCCAGAUGCGCUUAUAAAACAACAAGUCGUCACCAGUGUACCCUUUUCUCCAGCCGCUACAGUAGAUACCCCCCUAAUUACUUUGACAGAUUUAUUUACUACUGUAGAGGUGGCAGUUUCGUCCAAGUUCCAUAUCCUUGAACCAUCUGCAAAACUGGUGGAACGUUGUAAGGCUACAUUAAGAUUAUCUUAGAAAGUAUUAACGGUAUGCCGAUUAAAAGAUGUGCAGCGAGAAAGAGGCUGUCUCUUGGACAAUGUUGUAUUUCUUUUUAAAAACCCUCUUAGCCAUUCUAAACCAACAGCCGAUUUAGCAUGCCAGCUUGGAGGUACAGUUAUAUUAUUAAUAACUGCCAUUUCAUAUGCUAACUCACGUGUAUCGCGCGUUGAUUUUCCAUAACACAUUUUGGAACAGGUUAAUAAAUAUUCUGAUAGAAGCUGUUCUUAAUCAGCAGUGAAUACCAAUCGGCAAUUAUAAUUCGGAGUGAAUCGAAUUUUUGUGUCAGGUCCUUCUUCAUUUGCGGCUUUUUGUUUUUUUCACAUACCUGCAUAAGAAAAACAUUUAAGGUAAUAUUUAAUACCUAUUAUUUAUUAAUAUGUAUUACUUACCUAUACAAUGUACAAAAACUGACAUUACAUUCGUCUGCUGCCCUUCUUAAGGUAAGUCUCUCUUCAAUAAUAAGUUUAACAGCUCUCUCCAUUUGUUCGUCGGAGAACUGUCCGAUAUUGAUUUUUCUUAAACGGUUUCUCAUGUUCUUCUAUAAAACAAAAUCAUUUGUUUUAUCAAUUUUAUUCAUGUUAUUAAAUUAAUAAGAUAUUUUUUAGCAUUAAACAUUUUAAUGGGGUACAGUGAAACAUGUUUCGGUGUGCCCCAAAAAAGUUUGUUUCACUGUACCCUAGGUCAAAACAACUUGUCAGCAUGCCUUUUUAUCACACAAACAUCAGACUUAAUAACAAGAAUAAUAUGGCGAUCCAUGCCUUAUACUUAUUCGUGUUAUAUACCCAAGAAAGAAAUUUAAAUUAUAAAAAACAUUAACGUUACAGAAGGGAUAUUAGUAGUUCAAAUAUUUACUAUACUUACCCAAAGUUCUAAAACGUCCACUCUCAAUCACCAAACAACCUCAACUAAACGAAUUCGUUACAUACAUCAACUGACGGUCUCGCACAGGUCAGUGCUACCACACAGUUGUUUACAAUUUCAAUGAUAAACGCCCGCGAAAUUUGAAAUGUUUCACUGUGCCCCUUGUUUCACUGUACCUCACUUUACCCUACAUCUAUUUGGCUAAUUCUUGUACAUGUAACCAAUUAAUUUUUAUAAUCUUUAUAACAAACUAAAAUGAUCUAAUAUGCAGUAAUAUUUUAUUUUAGAAGAAAUUUUCAAUAUCUAUCACAUGUUUUUUAUGUCAAUUGUGGCGAUUUCAUAGCUGACACAGAUUUUGGUUUUAAAAAUAAAAUAAAAAGGUAGGUAGGCAAAUUAACUGUAUAAAAUAAAAACAAAAUGUUAAAGUCAAAAUAUUAUUAUUCGUCAUAGCAAUUUCAUAUUUAUUAUUUUGUUUUUUUAUUAAAUACUAAACUAGGUAAAUCUGAUAAAUGGCCUACUGAAUUUUUUCUUCUAAUAACGUUUUAGAAAUCUUGUUUAUUUUUGUAAAUAAUAUUUGUCAGUAUUUUACUAAAUUCGAAAAAGUUAAGUGUUUAUUGCCAUUAUUACCACUAAAAAGUUAAUAACAUUUUCUUAUGAUACACAAGAUAUGAGACCUCGUAAUUUAUUUUUAUGAGAGCUUCCAAUGGUUUCAGAAGCAUUUGACUAAAUUUAUAUCUUUGAAUAUAUUUAUUCUUGUAAUUAUAGUAUAAUGUAGGUGCUUACAUUUUUGCAAUCAACUUGUUGCCUUUCAUGUUAUAUAUUAAUAUGUUACUAAAUAUUUUAGAAAAUUAUAUUUUUACCACGUUUAUAUUUUAACUUUACAUGCAAUAUACUAUAAAGUAAAUAAAUAUUUUAUAUAAAUUGAUUCUAUGUAAAAACUUUAUUAAUAAAGAAUAACAGUUUAA